AUGACAUCCAUUCCGUUCGAAAAUAUACUUUCGAUAGAGUUUUCAAGUAUCUUUGCCCAUUGUGAACUUAGAAAAAAUCCUGCCGGAGGACUUCCAAAACAGACUUUGGAAUCCGAUUUUACCAUCCUAUCGCCGCCCGUGACAAGCGAGACUCCACUUCCCUUUGCUCUGUUUGACGAAACUGAGGUCGUUAAAAUUUCCAUUGAAGUUCUUGAGGAGAUCAUGAAAAACAAGGCAUCCUCGGUCAUUAUUAGGUUCAAGGACUUUUCGAUGAAGCAAUUUGAUUUGUCUGAGCAUUCCUUUUCCUGCUUAAAGCAAGUUGCGCUUAUCAAGGGAAGCUUUGAAGACUCUUUUGCAAAGCUGGAAGAUAUCUUUCGAGUCAACAGAAAGAGCGGAAUGCUCAAGCAGGUCUCCACCAUUUUAAAGGCAUUUUUCAAUAACAUCCGAGCAAUUGGCUGCUCAAAUCAAGGACUGAUUUUCGAUACCGUCAAAAUUACAGGAGACUCUCCUCAAAGGGUUGAUGUAAUUUCGUCAGGCGGAAACUUUUCCAAACUGAUCCCGAGCAAGGCUCGAGCAAACCACUCUUUGGUGUCCGUUUCGUUUUCCAUUUCCAAAUUGAUACAAUUUCUUCCUGAAUAUAACAACUCUCAAAUUAUGUCGAUCAUCUUGAAUUUUGACUCGUACGACGAGGCCAUUACGUUUUGCAAACGUCGCUACAUACCGUGGGUUGUCUUCAUAAAAGACUACCAUUACGGGUCUUCGGCAGGAGGCUCUGGCACCUCUGGUUCGUCAAUUUCGAUAAAGCUCAAGCACGUUGAAAAAAAGCUUGAAUUCGAUUUUCCUUUUGGCGACAUCACCUCGACAAUCGGAUCGCUGGUUGGCCAAAUAUUGGAUCCCCAUAAUUCGUUGCUACCGAUAUCGAUAUCCUCGUUCGAGCAUCAAGUGAUAUCGUCUUCGCUGAUUUCAUGCACGCAUCAUUCAUCUUCUGAAAUCGACUCGUCACCACUGGCGCAAGGAUUGGGAAGCAUCUCGCCGCCAAGCAUCUUUACGUCACAGCGAUUGUCUUUGUUUAUUUUAAACAACGAAAAGGCCAAGUUUAUGCACCGCUCUUAUUUGGAGAAAAUGAUGAUCUAUGAUUUUCAGUUUCCCAUUCUCGAAGAGCUCAUCUCAUUGGAUGGGAAUGAGGAGGAGUUCAAGAAGAUCGUGCAUCAGUGUUCAGAACACGAAGAUUCCAUGUUACGAUGGAAAUCAUACAUUUCCAACCUGAAGGCCAGAAAAAUAUCUUCAUAUUUCAGUUACGGCGUCAAAUCGGAUCUUCUUACAUUCCACGAGCUCAAAUAG